CUUGCUGAAGGAGCCCUGAUGUGCACCCUUGGUUCCAUAGAGCUGUAAAGUCUGGCCCAGCUUUGGCUCACCAGGAACAUUGUUUCCUUCGUCUUGAUUGUACAGAGAGGGUCUGUGGCCUGAACAAAAUCUGGGUUGUCCAGGGUCAGGCACAGGACUCAGUGUUGGUCACAGGCAGGUAUGGGUAUGACUGGUGGCCAUGAGAUGGUAGAGAAUGGCACUCUGAACACGUAGACAUCCUGGUCACCAGCGUGUCCUUUGCCCUUUCCUUGCGGAGGGCUCCCCUGAGGCAAAGGUGUAGUCCAGGUAGAAGAGGACCAGGUAGGAGGAGGAAGAGGACAGGAAUGGGGCCUCUGAUGGGUGUGGUCAGUUUAGUACACAACACAGAAGCGCGUGCUGACCUGAUGCGACACAAGAAAGGGCUACUCCACCCUAGGCAGGUGAGUGUGUUCAGUGGGCCCUCCACCCAACACGUGGACUGCCAGCUUGUCCAGGUAUUUCCAGCUUCCCACUUCCGGUCAGGACACCCGCCGAGCCUCUUCGUGCCUGUCCCAGGUCCUCUCUGCCCACCCCUCUGGUAUCCGCUUAACCUCUUAUCCCUUUUGCUGUCAUAUCGCCGUCUUUGAGUUGAUGAGUCCUAGGUGCAGUGUGGAUACGUCAGUGAGUUGGAAAACUCCCGGCGUUCACACAGGGGGUGUGUCGGGGUUUGGCGUGAAAGGACCAUGCCCCUUCAAAGCUCGAAAGGUAGACUAGACACUGGUGGAACGCUGGGACCCCUGCUCGGGCAUUGUGAGGCUCAAAAUGUAAGGAAAGGUUUCCCUUACAAAAGGCAGAGGGGCAGCCAAGGGGGAAAAAGGGAAUGUUGGCACACGGGGAUCCCGACCCGCCUGUAGCUAGCUGUGAGGUCGACCCUGGGAGCAGACGCCAGGCCAGGAGUGGAUCGAGGGGCGGCUAGGAGACUGGCCCCGCCCCGUGGACCCCGCGCGGGUCCCCAGACGGGGGGUGGCGCUGCGGGCGCGGGCGGGCGCCGCGCGCACUGCGGUCCCCGCGCCUCCGCCGCAGAACGCGCCACGCUCCGCACGCACCUGCCGCUGCCGUCGUCGCCGCUGUCGCCGCCGCCGCGCCGAGCCUUGCGUCCAGCACCAGCGCUCGCGCCCCUGGGUGCCGCCUUCGCCCGCCAUCGCCCGAAGUCGCUGCUGGAGCCGCGGGAGCUAUCGGAGCCGCUAGAGCCAGAGAGCCAAGGGUCAGUCCUCCGGACAGUGAAUCUGGCCUCGGAGGGCAUACUGGGGAGGGGGUUGGGUUCAGAAUUCCGUGAAGACUUGGAUCCCACGGAUAAGCUCGGGCCUGGUGCAGGCCUCUCCAUUGCUGUUGCCGCGGAGCCUGCAGCCCAGGUCCUCCGGCAGCCAGGGAUCAGGCUAGCUGCCUUCCCUGGGCGCCCUGUCCUGGAGCCAUGGGGCCCACCUAGCCCCUGCCUGCCCAGAUGUCCCGGCCCAGGGACUGCUGACCUCUGCUGCAGGAGGAGGCCCCUCCACGCCCCCUUGCCAGCCUCAGCAGACAGAGACCCUGGGUGAGCCCCUGCGUGAACCCCACAGCCCAAGACAGCCUCCUGUACCCCCUUGCCCCCGCCUGCUUCCCCCUCCCCCUCCUCUUCCUCCUCCUCUCCGGACUGAACCAGAUAAGCCAUUGUGGCCACUGGGGGGGGCCCUGCCCCCCAAUCUGUCACCCGCUGCCCCUUGCAGUCCACGGAGUAACCGGGGGCCUCACCAGGCCUGGCAGGACCAGGAUGCAGCCCCUUCUCUUCCCCCACGGCCCCACCCAACGCCCCCACCUGUGCCAACGUCCGGUCUGACUGUAGAGAGCCGGAUGCCAGCUGACCCUGGGCCUGAGGUGGGCAGUGGAUGGCCGGGCCUCCUCAUGUCCUGCCUGAAAGGCCCCCAUGUCAUCCUCAAAAUGGAGGCCAUGAAGAUUGUCCACCCUGAAAAGUUCCCUGAGCUCCCGGCGGCCACCCCCUGCUUCCCACCUGCACCCAGGCCCACUCCCACUCUGGCACCCAAGCGUGCUUGGCCCUCAGACACAGAGAUCAUUGUCAACCAGGCAUGUGGGGGGGACAUGCCUACCUUGGAAGGAGCACCCCACACUCCACCCUUGCCAAGGCGGCCCCGCAAGGGCAGUUCUGAAUUGGGCUUCCCCCGGGUGGCACCAGUGGAUGAGGUCAUUGUAAAUCAAUAUGUGAUUCGACCUGGCCCAACAGCCUCUGCACCUUCAUCAUCCGGGCCAGUGAUAGCAGGUGAGCCCCUGGAAUGCCCCACCUGUGGGCACACAUACAACGUCACUCAGCGGCGGCCCCGCGUGCUGUCUUGCCUGCACUCUGUGUGUGAGCAGUGCCUGCAGAUUCUUUACGAGUCUUGCCCUAAGUACAAGUUUAUCUCGUGUCCCACCUGCCACCGUGAGACUGUGCUCUUCACUGACUAUGGCCUGGCCGCACUGGCUGUCAAUACAUCCAUCCUGAGCCGCUUGCCACCUGAAGCCCUGACGGCCCCAUCCGGUGGCCAGUGGGGGGGUGAAUCCGAAGGCAGCUGCUACCAGACCUUCCGGCAGUACUGUGGGGCUGCAUGCACCUGCCAUGUGCGGAACCCACUAUCAGCCUGUUCCAUCAUGUAGUGUCCACCUGCCCACGACUGCCUGCAGGCCCUUGCUCGCCGCUUCUUCAGGGAACUGGCCCUGUCCUGUUUCCCGCUGAUCCUUUCUUGCCCACUGUGGCUUCUGGCCCUACCCUGCGUGGCAUUGUCGCUGCAGCCAACUUUGCCAUUAAAACUCUUUGCCAAAGUUU